AUGGGCUCCAUCAGCACAGCAAAUGCAGAAUUUUGCUUUGAUGUAUUCAAAGAGCUGAAAGUCCACUACGCCAACGACAAUGUGUUUUAUUCCCCCCUGAGCAUCAUUUCAACCCUGGCCAUGAUCUUUAUGGGAGCAAGAGGUAACACUCAAUCUCAGAUGGGGAAGGUUCUUCACUUUGGUAACGUUACAGGAGUUGGAGACACUACUGACUCCCAGUGUGGCUCUUCUGAAUACAUCAACGAUUCCUUCAAGGAUCUUCUCUCAGACAUCACCAUGCCAAAUGCUACAUACUUACUCAAGAUUGCUGACAGACUCUAUAUUGAAAAAACAUACCCCAUUCUCUCGGAAUACUUAGAGUGUGCAAAGAAAUUCUACAAAACAGGGCUGGAAGAAGUUGACUUCAAAACAGCUUCAGAGGAAGCAAGACGGCUCAUUAAUUCCUGGAUGGAGAAAGAGACAAAUGGACAGAUCCAAGAUUUCCUUGAACCAGGCUCUGUUGACCUCGACACCGCGCUGGUCCUUGUGAAUGCCAUUUACUUCAAAGGGAUAUGGAAGACGGCGUUUCAAGCAGAUCACACUCGGGAAGUGCCCUUCAAUGUGACAGAGCGAGAAAGCAGACCUGUGCAAAUGAUGUGUCAGAACAGCACCUUCAGCGUGGCAGUGGUGGCUGCAGAGAAAAUGAAGAUCCUGGAGCUUCCGUACGCCAGCGGGGAGCUGAGCAUGUUGGUGCUGCUGCCUGAUGACGUCUCUGGCCUGGAGCAGCUUGAGAACAAAAUCAGCUUCGAAAAACUCAUGGAGUGGACCAGACCCACUGUGAUGGAAAAGAAGAGAGUGAAAGUGUACCUCCCACGCAUGAAGAUUGAGGAAAAAUAUAACCUCACAUCUGUCUUAGUGGCCUUGGGUAUGACCGACCUGUUCAGCCCUUCGGCCAAUCUCUCUGGCAUCUCUUCGGCAGAGAGCCUGAGAAUGUCUGCGGCCAUCCAUCAGGCGUACAUGGAAGUCAAUGAAGAGGGCACUGAGAUGGCUGACUCAGCAGGGAUGAUGGGAGACAUCAAGAAUUCCUCUGAUUUUGAAGAAUUUAGGGCUGACCACCCUUUCCUUUUCUUGAUCAAACACAACCCAACCAACAUCAUCCUCUUCUUUGGUAGAUAUUGUUCCCCCUAA